AUGAAUCUUCGUCAUCUUCUUCAUCUUGGGACCACAUUGGUUCUUGCUGCCAUUUCUACUACCACCUCGUCAACAGUAAUCAACAAAGAAGACAUUAAAAUGAGGGUGAUACGAAACACUCAAGAUAAUGACCACUGCAAACUUUCCAAUUUGCAAAGUGUGAUAACCAACCAGGAGUUUCUUGUGAUAGGUCGAAGUUCAACUUGUGAAGUAUUUCUAUUUACCAUUUAUCAAAUGGAAAAUUUAACAUUUAAUUUGCCUAUAUCUGGUGAACGCUUCAAACAAGAAUGUAUGGAUUUAAUUGAGCCUAUGUUUUAUUUCAACGACACAACACAAAAUUACGAUGUAUUUCUUGGCACUACCUCAGAACUAUACGCGUUCGACUGUGACUGGAAACUUUCUUCUUCCGGUCACUAUAACUGUUAUUUAGACCCGUCGCGAGCAAGGAAAAUUAAAUUAGUAGGACGCCGUUUUAAUGGAAAAUUUUCUCUGAACGACGGGAAAUUUAUUGACGAAAACAUGUUUAAUCAUACGAUUAAGAAACCUAUUGCUUAUGAUGUUGACCUACAGCGUCUUUACUUUUAUAAAGGAGGAAAACUGCAUUACAUAGAGGAAGAAACUACUGAACAUGAAGAUUCUAAUAUACCUGAGAAUCCUGUAGAGAAUUUGAGCGGUGAUUUCGACCAAAUUUCAUUUAGUGGAGACUUCUUCAUUACCAGAAAGAUGGAAGGGGACGUAUUCGAAUUUUACGCCGGCAGCGUGCUUGGAAAAACACUUCUUUGUAUUGGGCGAACAACUGAUGAAAAUUUAGUAAUGAAAAUUCUGGUGGAACAAUCAGGUCAAAAAUCUCUAUACGAUGCCAUAUCCAGCAGAUUCAAACCACAGCCACCAUCCACCACAGUUACAACAGCAACGACAGAAACGAAAACCGGUGAAUCUUCAACUGCGCAAACUUCAAUUCUAUUAUUACUAUCUUUUAACGCUGUAUUACAGCUGUUGAAGUAA